AUGGACGCGCCCGAUGGAAGGUAUUCUUCCGGGGAGUUCAUCUCUGUGUUGUUUAGUGUGCUCUUCAUGUCGCGUGUCUGUUUGUUCAUCUCAUCGUUUGAUUCUGUCUUAUUUCUCGUGAUUCGCUUUUUAUUCUCUUCCAUUCACAAGGAACUGUGUCCGUGGCAAAUGUCGACCGUUCGGAUGAGCAAUGGAUUACAUUCACAGCUAGAAGAGUUCCUAUCUGAGGUGGAUUCCAUCAACCCUUUUACCAAUGAUCAUGCCGUUGAAACCGCUCCUGGAUGCGAGUGGGUCGUUCGGUUAGAUCCAAUCACCAAGUCAUCCACUUAUCAUCACAUUCGAUCGGGGGAGAUCAGCUCGGUAAUGCCUGAAGAAUACAAGCGCUAUUUAUCCACAUUCGACGCGUUUCUCGGUGGCUCCGACGAUGAGGCUGUUAAUUCACAACAGACAAACUCCGGCGGAGGACCAACACUCUCUUCCCCACGGACGCGACAAAAUUCCACCAAGAAGAAUGAGUCAUCUGAGCAGCCUACAUCAGGGCUUGACGGACUAUCUGGGAUCAUUGGAUAUGGUGAUUCCUCAGAUACAGACAGCGAUCGGGAGAGCAAAAGUCGUUCUGUAAAAGUCACAGAGAUACAUGAGACCACGCACACUCCGGACCAACCAAGCGGUUUCAGUUUAUCUGCAUCUUCUCCAGUAAAUCAUUUACCAGACUCCACUUCACAAGACCAAUCUUUUAUCGGCCCAACUCUCCCUCCAAACCGUUUGUCCGCUACUGAGCGAAGCCCCUCACCUACUUGGGCUUGCCAAAAUCAGCAGCACAGACCAAAGAAAUCAGCUUUGGAGGCGUCGGCCCGAACUCUGCUCGAUCAGUUCACCGCUUUGGAGUUUAAUUCAGACUCGCUGGAUGCUCUUCGGACACGUUACAUACAACUAAUGACCCGAUUCGAAGACUGGCUCUGUGGCAAGCUUUCCUCUAAUUAUUUUUGGCAAAAACUUAGAGAAGCGGAAGCCGAACUGAGAAAUUACGCUUCCUCGAACCUUCCACGCCCUUGGAGCUGUCACUGGGAUAGAAGCACCAAGCGAUUCUACUAUGAGAAUCGUGCAGAUUCCAUUUACCAGUGGGACCGACCACGUGAACAUCCGAAAACAACCAAAAAACGGGAAAAGAGACGAUCUCAUGUAAAGCUUGUCGACUAUGAUGUACUGGAUCAGCAUUCGUGGCUUGAAUCUCCACCGACAAUAAAAUCCAAAGAUCCCAAGCCUCCUGUGGACGCAGUGAUGUCUUCACACUCCAGUCCCAAUCGGAGCAUGUCCUCUCCGUUCAAUAUCCACGACACGGCUACGCACAACAAAAUGGAUGUUUUCCAAGACGCGUCUGGGGCAAAGAAGGCCCACCUGAUAUCCCAGUUGGCCGAGUUCGAACUAGCCUGUCAGCAGCUGGAAAAAGAGUUGGACUUUUCCCGAACAACGUGUACAAUAAUCUACGAUCCGGUCAGCUCUCCUCGUGUCGUGUCUCUGGUGCAGGCUACUUCCGAGGACUCCGACUCUAUGGAACAACAAGAAAUCAGCUGUAACACCCUUUCGACGCCUAGCUACCAUGCCACGCGAAGUAAGCACGUGGGCUGGGAUACUGCCAGGUUGCCCAAGCCUAGACAGGGGAAGUCGAGAGGCAGAGGUCGGGUUCGAACCGCGGACUUCGGGUCAGUAAAUCCGCACUCUAACCACUUGAGCCAUCUCGCCCCCUUUGUGAAUAGUCUGGGUGGUUGA